GCGCGCGUCCGCGCUCGCCGACGCGCGCGCGGCGUCGCGUCCGCCCCCGCGCGCGCCCGGGUCGCGCGCGGAAUCCCCCCCGCGGCGAAGCGUCGCGGCAUCUUGCUGACCUCGUGGGAGUUGGGACGUUCGCUCGUCGUCGCGUCGACUCCGCCCGCCGCGCGUCGUCCUCCCCGCGGCGGAGCGGAACGGAACGAAAGAAGAGCGGCGGAAGAGGGCGGCAGAAGAUACCUCCUCUUCGAUGUCGGGGCGCGAGCCGCGUCCGCCCGCGAUGCACGCGCUGACGUCCUCCGCGGGAGGCGUCUCGUCGUCGCGCGGCGGGAGAGGCGCGGGUAACAACGUCGGCAUUGACUCGUCAAAGCGCGCGCGGAUCUUGCCGAGCGGGAGCGGCGGCGCCGCCGCGACGUGCCCGGCGCCGUCGCCGUCCUCCGCGCUCGCGCUCGCGAAGCGCGCGCUCGCGCUGCGCGUCGUCUUCGACGCCGCCUUCGCCAGCGCGCUGCGCGGCUACGACGCGCGGCUCGAGGCGACGCGUAGGGCGCUCGCGGUUCGAGGGUACCGGCGCGCGCAGCGAUUCCUUCCGACGCGGAAAACCGCGGGCCGUGUCCUCUUCGCCGCGGCGGUCGCGACGUGGUACUACCGCGCGAACCGCGCGCGGUGGGCGCGGCUCGCGGCGCACCGCGAGAAGCGCGCGGCGCUGCAGCGCGAGCUCGACGCGGCGACGUGCUACGAGGAGUACAAGCGCGUCGCGUACGCGAUGGAAGAGCUUCAGAUCGCGUUCGAGGAGACGGAGGAGGACGGCGGCGCGGAUCGGGAUCGGGAUCAGACGCCGACGUCAGCGGACACUAGCGACCACCAAUCGUCGAUCGACACGUCGUCUUCAUCCUCCUCCGGAUUGGACAAGAAAGCGAAGGGCCAAUCGAAGCGCGCCACGUCGGCCGCCGCCGCCGCCGCGAAGAAGAAGACGCGCGCCGAUCGCGAGCCCGAGCCCAAGCCGAAGGCGUCGUCGUGGUGGAUCGCCCAUCACGCCAAGCCCAUCUACGACAAAGAGCUCAUUGAAGAGCAGCUCAGACUGCUGCGCGCGCAAAGAGCGUGCGGGGACGUCUUCGAGAUGAUGUUUAACCUGCGCGCGGACGUGCUGCGUAACCUGGGGAACAUGUCCGAGAUUGGACGGAAGCUCCACGAGCCGCUGUGGGGGGUGCCCAAGGCUGUGCGAGAGUACAUCGACGAGACGCGCGCGCAGCUGCGGAUGAUCAGCAACGAGCACGACGUCCCGACGCAAGAGAAGCUCGCGUUUCUUCAAGAGACGCGUCACUGCUUCGGUCGGACCGCGCUGCUUCUCAGCGGCGGCGGCACGCUCGGGACGUUCCACGUCGGCGUCGCGCGCGCGCUCCACGCGCGCGGGUGCCUCCCGCGCGUCAUCACCGGAAGCAGCGUCGGAAGCGUCGUCGGCGCCAUCAUGGCGAGCCGCACGCCGGACGAGCUCGAGGAGUUUUUCAGCGAGAAACACUUCGCGCAUCAUCUCCCGGACAUGACCUUCUUCAGCGGCACGGACUUCUUCUCGUCGAUCCAACACCUCAUGAAAACGGGCGCGCUGCACGACAUCGACUUCUUCCAGCGCUGCCUCCGCGCGCUGCUCGGCGACCUCACGUUCCAGGAGGCGUACGACCGAAGCGGCGGACGCAUCUUGUGCGUGUGCGUGUGCGCGACGCGAGCCGGGGAGAAGCCGAGGUUGCUCAACUACCUCACCGCGCCGCACCUCGUCGUGUGGAGCGCGGUCGCCGCGUCGUGCGCGUUCCCGUCGCUGUUCCCGCCGCAGCCGCUGCUCGCGAAGAGCCGCACGGGGAGUUUUGUGCCGUGGCAGCCCGAAGGGAAGCUCGGCGCGAGGCUCUGGCGCGACGGCUCGCUCGAGAACGACCUCCCGAUGCAAGGCCUCAGCGAGCUCUUCAACGUCAACUACUUCAUCGUGUCGCAGACGAACCCGCACAUCGUGCCCAUCCUGCGCGUGAAGCGUUGGUUCGCGUCGCAAGGUCCAUGGUGCGCGAUGCUCGCGUCGUUCAUCGAGAGCGAGUGGCGGCACCGCUGCACGCAAGUCUUGGAGCUCGUUCCGUGGAUCGACGCGUUUGAUUUCGCCAAGCUCUUCGGGCAGCAGUGGGAAGGGCACGUGACCGCCGUGAUGGAGUACAGUUGGUCGCAGUUCAAGAAGAUCGCGGCGAACCCGACGAGGGAGUUCCUGUUCGAGACCGCGACGAUGGGCGAGCGGAGCAUGUGGCCGAAGCUCGCGACGAUCGAGAGCAACUGCGGGAUCGAGAUGCAGCUCGACGAGUGCGUCCGCGGGUUGCGGGAGAAGCUCAGCGCGCGGCAGCACGGGCACCUCUUCAAACAACGCGGCCGCGUGCCGUCUUGGAACACGAUCAACUACGCGGGGAGAGAUUCGUAUCUCCGGAUGCCGAGGGACGCGCACGGGAGCGCGGGCGCGGUCGGCGGCACGGGCGCGGGCGCGGGGGGGAACAGCGCGGGGGCGAACAGCGCGGGGCGCGAGUUUGGCGGUCACGCGCAGCCGUCCGCGGGGUCGGCGGCGCUCGCGCGAGACGGCGGCGGCGGCGGCGGCGACGGCGGAGGGAAAUCCAAUCUUCUCAUCGACGCGGGAGAGAGAGAGAGCGGGAUGUCUCGCACCAGCAGCGAAGGAGGAUCGCUCCAGGAGUUCGCGCAGCUCAUCGUGGACGAGGCCACGAGCGCGCGGGAGCGGGAGAGACGGAGCCACGAACGAUGCGGCGGCGGCGGCGGCGGCGGCGGCGGCGGCGGCGGGAUCGACGUGGACGACUUGGCGUCGACCGAACGGCUCGUGCGCGCCAUCGCGGCGAUGCCGGAGGGCGGCGUCAAGAUCGGCGCCCCCGCGAUGAUGCUUCCGGAGACGUUCGGCGUCAUGAGCGACCGCGGCGGUCAGCACGGCGGCGUGGGCGGGAGGACGUCGGGAAGCGAGCGCGAGGCGGACGGCGGCGGCGGCGGCGCGAGGGACCGUCCCCCCGGGUCGCCGAACCACGUGCACGCGUUCAGCGGCGCGAAGCACGGGUCAUUCGUCCGCGGGCCGGGGACGCUGAAGUAAUAUUUUUUUUACGACGAUUGGGCGGGGUUGGGUAAGAGUAAGAGACGACGACGUCUGAACGCGUAUGUAGGUACUUCGUUGAAAACACAAACAAAACCAAACAUUCUUUC